CCAACCUCCACCAGCCAUCUCCACGCCCUCUGAUAAACCCCCCUUCCUCUCCACAAGGCCUAUGAUGAACCCGCGCCCAGCUCUCGCCUGUCUCUGAUCAUCCACCCUCUCUGUCGUCCAUGUCGGCCCCGCCCUCGCCGGUCACGCCGGCAUCGGCUCGGCCGCCAAAGCUGCCCGCGCGUCUGCUGCCUUCCUCGAAGUACUUCCGUCGACGGUCCUCGGUCCAGCAAUUGCAGUAUGUCGCCUCCUCCUCCGUCGCCGGCACCUACUACCGCACUUUCUCGGUCGUCGUCUUCACUGCCAUCGUGCUCUGCCUCAUGCUGUACUCCUCCCUGAGGAGGCAGGUCGACUCAAAGGGAUGCAACCCUGCCUUUUACUCUCCAUCUUAUGCGAAAAUCAAGAGCUUCGACACCGAUCACACUCGCUUCGCUUCAAAGUAUUCGCUUUUUUUGUAUCGCGAGCAGACGCUGGAUAACACGCGCGAGCCCCGCGGUGUGCCAGUCCUGUUUAUACCCGGGAAUGCGGGUAGUUACAAACAAGUUCGAGAAAUCGCCGCCGAAGCUGCCCACCAGUACUACGACGCCCUGUUCGCCAAAGGCACCUUCCGCGAUGAUCCCGGCUCCUCCAGUCUCGACUUUUUCACCGCCGAUUUCAACGAGGAUUUUACUGCAUUUCACGGCCACACUCUCCUAGACCAGGCCGAGUACCUGAACGACGCAAUCGCAUUCAUUCUCUCCCUCUACAGCCCCUCGCGGAACGAGAACGGCGACGACACACCGCUGCCUCGCUCUGUUAUUCUGAUCGGUCACUCGAUGGGCGGAAUCGUAGCGCGUACGAUGCUGACGCUGCCAAACUACCGUCCGGACUCGGUAAACACAAUCAUCACCCUCUCAACUCCUCACGUCGUACCCCCGGCAACAUUCGACUGGGACAUUGUCAACAUCUUUGAGAAAAUCAACCAGUACUGGCGCAAGUCGUACUCUGACGACCUGGUAGGCAAGAACCCUUUAGCUUCAGUCUCCUUGAUCUCUAUCACCGGUGGAAAGUUGGACGCGAUCGUUCCCUCAGACUUCACCAGCGUCUCAUCCCUAUUGCCAUCAACCAACGGAUUCACAGUGUUCACGUCCUCCAUUCCCAAUGUCUGGACCGGAGUCGAUCAUCUGGCUGUUGUGUGGUGUAACCAACUACGUCGCGCGAUCGCCCAGGCGCUUCUUCACGUCGUCGACACUCGAGAACCUACACAGACGAAGAGCUUGGAAGCACGCAUGGAAGUAUUCCGGUCUCAGUUUCUCACCGGUCUUGAGCCUGAAGUGGCCAAGAAAGCGCCCUUGGCACUGGGCCAUGACACUUUACUUAGAGUCCAGGACACGCCGAGCAUAAUAUCAAAACAGCGUCAAAAGCGAUUGACCCUCCGCGGUCUCGGGAGCUACCGACGGCCGCAGGUACAUCUGCUGCCCAUCCCCGCCGACCUUUCAGAGUCAAAAGAUGAUAUCCUCAGCAUCUUAACCGACCAGACUCUAGAGCUCGACGGCAAAGACCAGCGCGUCGACAUUUUUCUCUGCCAGUCGUCGCACCGCAACACGUUUGACUCAGAUUACCUACAUACAUUCAACAACGUGCUCGAUUUUUCGAAACCGGAUAGCAAGACUUUGACGUUUGUGUGCUCGAAUAUGGCGCAGGAUAAGGUCGUGCUGCCGGCGUCCACAAGAGACUCAAAAUUUGCGCACGACGGAAGCGUGUUUUCGUAUGUGCAGUACAGAAUGGGAGAUUUAUUCAAGUAUCAGUACGUCGCCGUGGUGGACUCGUAUGCCGACGAAACAUCCGGGUUUGUUACGAUGGAAAUGAUCGACAGCACCGCCUACAAAUACGACAUGCAUCUCGAUCUAAAAUCAUCUCUCUCUGGUGAUCUCACCAUCUCUCUACCUUCCGGCCGCGCCGGCUUUUCAGAAGUGACCCUGAGCGGUCUGUCAAACAGUCUGAUCUCGUACAAACUCGAUCUCGCGCCGAGCAAGUGCGCCGACAGCGAAAUGUUUGCGCCUCUCAUCCGCCAAUUCCUCUCGGAUCCGCACGAGUCCAAGUACUUCCCCAACGCGCGAAAAAUCCAGAUCGGGUUCCACGGCGCGGCACCGUUCGUGCCGCUGACGUCUCUCCCCGGUGGCUCGUUCUCGGAGCAGCAGCAGACUUUGAAGUUGCAGAUCUGGCGCGACCCCACGACUGCGUGCGGUGAGCGCGACGAGCAGGUCACGUUGAGGGUGUCGGUGGAUAUGCUGGGAAGUUUGGGAAAUUUAGUGAUUCGGUACCGGACUGCUACUGCUGCGCUGCCGCUUGCUAUCGUGGGGAUGGUUAUGCUCAUGCAAUUCAACAUCUAUGACGCGAGCGGUACGUUCAUCACAUUUGGAGCGGCGUUGGAGGCGUUUAUCGGAAAAGCACUCCCCAUUCUCUGUCUUGUCUCUGCAUCAUUUAUCGCUCUUUCGCCGCAUCUGUUUCCGACUUCAACCCUUCCGUUUAUGGAUCCGGCCGAUCAGCCUGCUGGAUCGUCAGACGCGGACGCUAGUAUAAACGACAGACCGGUGUACCGCAUCAUCCGCGACAAUGAUUUGUUUCUCGGCAUCUCGGAUCCGCGACUAUGUCUCCUCGGACCGCUUCUAUUCACGCUCGCGACCGGUCUGUGCAUCGUAGUCUACUACGUCGUCGCGAUCGUGCUGCUAUUCAUCGCAACGACUCUCGACUGCCUCGACGCAAUGAAACUGCAAGCCUCGCCGCCUGCCGGCACGGACUCGCCCCCAACAGCUCCGUCGCAGACCAUACCACGCGUGCUGACCUCGCGCGAGCGCGUGGGCAAGUUUUUCUCUAGCACGCUGCUGCUGCGGUUUUUCGCGUUUCUGCUGACGCAGCUGUUUGUGGGCCUGUACAACUUUGUGAGCAUGCUAGCGGUGUUUAGCGGCGGCAAGAGACUGAUCACGAUUUUCACGCUGCUGCUGAUUGUUUCUGCGUACGUGCCGUUUCAGUUUGCGUUCAUUGUCGUGUUUAUCGUGCACAUCAACACGUGCAUAAAGUCGCUUCGCACGCAGAGUUAUCAGUACGGGCUGUCGGAGCGGUUUAGCCCGAUGUUUUCCAACUUUGCGGUGUCGAUCUUGAUGCUGAUGAUUUGGAUUCUGCCGAUCAACAUUCCGCUGCUGGUGGUGUGGAUCCACAAUUUGUCUGUCAAAUGGACGACGCCGUUUUCGUCGCAUCAUAAUCUGCUAUCAAUCAUGCCGAUUAUCUUGUUGGUGGAGAAUAUGAUCUCCGGCAAGAUGUUGCCGAGAAACACGCAGGUCAAGCAGCAGAUUGUGACAAAGAUCCUGCUCGUCUACUUAAUCGUCUACUCCUGCCUGCACGGCAUCCUCAACGCCUACUGGCUCCACCACAUCGUCAACAUCUUCGCGCUCUGGCUGUUCAUCGUCUACCUCGAACUUCUCUCGGGCGGCAACUACAGCUACAACAGCGAGCGCUCCGGCAACGGCAGCGGCGAAGUCGACUCCGAGCUGGCGAUGAAGCUUCCGCAGACGUCGUUCGGUAGCAGCAGUGUGAUUGCAACAGUCCCGACGUCGGCGAGUAGCACGGCCACGACGCUGCAGGCGAGCUGUGGGUCGUCGACGACGGUCACUUCGUAUUUUGAUCGCAAGCUCGAACGCGUGCCGAGUAUGAAUGGCAAGCAGUAGCUAAAACAGUAUUUGCAUUUUAUGUCAUGAAGAGGACUGACCAGCGCAGAUUGCUGCUGGUUGAUUAAUUCAUGCACCUAUUUUUCCUUUUUUUUCUUGAUUUUUUUACUUUUAUCCUAAUAUUCCUUUCAUGUCAUCAGUUUUAAUCGUGGCGUUUCGUUGUUGUUUUUCUUCACAUAUCUUUUGCAAUUUUUCUUUUCCCUGACAAAAGGUCUCCUUAUUCUCCCCGUUCUUCUUCCUCCGCUAUAUUUAUAUAUCAACGAUUUAUC